AUGAGAACACAAUGUCCCGUAAACUAUGUCCUGAGGGCCGUGGUUGUUGCCUCGAGCCUUGCGGCCGCCAAUCCCUAUGUCUCCCGCUGGACUAUUGGGCAGUCAGUCAAAACCACUAGCGGGCUCGUUGAGGGGCAUGCCGCACGCAACGCUUCACAGGUAUCCGAGUACUUGGGCAUUCCGUACGCUAAACCACCUGUUGGCAAUUUGCGCUUCCAACCCCCGGUCAAGUUUUCGGGAUCCUCGACUAUCAAUGGCUCGGACUAUGGACAUCAAUGCAUGCAGCCUGUUGGCAAGGGCACCAGUCCUGAUGCUUACGAAAAGCUCGGGGUUCCCGCCUCAGCCGCCGCGGCAUUCACUGAGCUCAAGGUGACUGGUUCUCAGAGCGAGGAUUGCCUAACCUUGAAUGUGUGGACCAAGCCACAGACGGGCGAUUUGCAAAAGGCUGUGUUGGUGUGGAUUCAUGGCGGGGCCUUUACGACAGGAAGCUCCCGCGUUUCAGGAUAUAAUGGAAAGUUCAUUGUGGACCAGACUGAUGUUAUAGUCAUAUCCUUGAACUACCGUCUCAAUGUUUUCGGGUUUCCUGGCAAUCCUGUUUCUGCCCCGAAUCUUGGACUUCUUGACGUCCGCCUAGCCAUGGAAUGGAUCCGUGAUAAUGUAGGAAAUUUUGGUGGCGAUGCUAGUAGAAUCACUCUCUUUGGGGAAUCUGCUGGGGGCUCAUUAGUCGACUACUACUCAUACGCAUACGUAUCUGACCCAAUCGCCAAGGGAUUCAUCCUUAUGAGCGGCGUUGCUAACGGGUUUGGCAUCUUCACCAACAGGAUUGCCAGUGAGAUAUGGUUCAACACUACAUCGGCUACUGGCUGCGGUAACAAUCUAACCGAUCACCAUGCUGUUUUCGACUGCAUGCUUCUCAAGAACUCUACCGAGGUUCUCGCGGGCGUGUCUUCGGGAAAAGCUGGUCUCGGCUCUGUAGGCGGACUUCCUUUCUCUCCUACUGUGGACGAUGUUCUUGUAUUCGCCGACUACAGCAUUCGCGAUUCGGCAAAGGGCGGCUACCUCAUCGGCAACAACGAUAAUGAGGCUGGUUUAUUCAAGCUCGUGGCUCCGGACAACAUAAAUGAGACAUUCUGGACUAGGCUCAACCUCGUGUCGUUUAAUUGCCCAGCAGCAAGGAGGGCGGCGCGGGCGGCAUCUGCCGGACACCCAAUAUGGCGAUACCGUUACUUCGGCGCCUUUCCAAACUUGGCCAUCACUACGAAACCGCCCAGUGGCGCGUGGCAUGCAUCAGAGCUCCUUGCCUUGUUCGAUACAUGGCCCCAGUCACCAAUCGCCAACACACCGCAGCAAACCGCUGUCGGUAGGUAUCUCCGGGGUGCCUGGGCAACAUUCGCUAGGAAUCCGACUUCUGGUCUUUCUGACUAUGAUUGCCCCGGGACAUGGGCCACUUACCAGGCCGAUAAUGCUACGCUCAAUCGGAUCUCAUUCGCAAACCAGGCGGCUACAGAUAUAGCAUUAAGCAAUGUCUAUGACAGGGACUGUUCGGCGUCAGGCAUUCCAAUCAACUAA